UCACCUAAAAAAAUAUUCUUGUGAAUAUCUUUUUUAAGAACCUUUAUUUUAAAGUAAGGUUUAUAUGCUCAACAAUGUCACCUUAGCUCUUAUAUAAACAAGGAAAGGAAAACAAGCACUAACCAACACAAACAUUGUAACAACAUCACUCUCAUCCACCAAAACACAAUAACAAUGUCUUCAUCAUCUUCUCUUCCUUUCCUAUUUCCUCAAACUCAUUCAACAGUCCUCCCAAACCCUUCAAACUUCUUCUCACAAAACCUACUAUCCACACCCCUCCCUACAAACUCUUUCUUCCAAAACUUUGUUCUCCACAAUGGUGACACACCUGAAUACAUUCACCCUUACCUCAUCAAAUCCUCAAACUUUUCCCUCUCUAUUUCCUACCCUCUUCUCCUCUUUUCAGCAACAAUGUUGUACCAAGUUUUUUCACCAGAUCUCACAAUUUCAUCCUCACAAAAAUCUCACACAAACACAACAAAAAACCAUGUUAUCUCAUCAUAUAGUGAUCUUGGUGUGACUCUUGACAUUCCCUCUUCAAAUCUAAGAUUCUUUUUAGUUAGAGGAAGCCCUUUUAUAACUGCUUCAGUUACAAAACCAACCUCACUUUCAAUCACAACACUUCAUAACAUAGUUUCUUUGUCUUCUUUCGACGACAAAAACACCAAACAUACCCUUCAACUUAAUAACACUCAGAAAUGGAUCAUAUACACUUCUUCACCAAUAAAAUUCAACCAUGAUGGUUCUGAGAUUGUAUCCAAUCCAUUUUCCGGUAUAAUCCGUAUCAUAGUCAUUCCUAAUACCAAAUUUGAGAAAAUUCUUGAUAAAUUCAGCUCUUGUUACCCUGUCUCUGGUGAUGCAAACAUCAAGAAUAAAUUUCAUUUGGAGUAUAAAUGGCAAAAGAAAUGUUCUGGUGAUUUACUCAUGCUAGCUCACCCUCUUCAUGUUAAGCUUCUAUCACAAAGUAAUAAUGUUAAUGUUACUGUUUUGCAUGAUUUGAAGUAUACAAGUGUCGAUGGUGAUCUCGUUGGUGUUAUCGGAGAUUCAUGGAUAUUGGAAACUGAUCCUGUUAAUGUAACAUGGUAUUCUAGUAAAGGUGUUACAAAAGAAUCACAUGAUGAGAUUGUUUCGGCUCUUGUUAAAGAUGUGAAGGAGCUGAAUUCUUCAGCAAUAACAACAAAUGGAUCUUAUUUUUAUGGUAAGAUUGUUUCAAGAGCUGCAAGGUUUGCAUUGAUAGCUGAAGAAGUAUCUUACCCUAAAGUGAUUCCAAUUAUCAAGAAUUUUUUGAAGGAAACUAUUGAGCCAUGGUUGAAUGGAACUUUCAAAGGGAAUGGUUUCUUGUAUGAAAAAAAAUGGGGUGGAUUAGUUACUAAACAAGGGGUUAAUAAUUCAGUUGUUGAUUUUGGUUUUGGAAUUUAUAAUGAUCAUCAUUAUCAUUUAGGUUAUUUUCUUUAUGGAAUUGCUGUUCUUGCAAAGAUUGAUCCAUUUUGGGGACAAAAGUAUAAACCACAAGCUUAUUCACUUUUGCAAGAUUUUAUGAACUUGGGCCAAAGGGAUAACAAAAACUAUCCAACUUUAAGGUGUUUUGAUUUUUUCAAGUUGCAUUCUUGGGCUGCAGGAGUGACUGAAUAUGAAAAUGGAAGGAAUCAAGAAAGUUCAAGUGAAGCAGUGAAUGCAUAUUAUUCAGCAGCAUUGAUAGGUCUAGCAUAUGGCGACAAAGAUCUUGUCGCCAUUGGAUCAACGCUUUUAGCGUUGGAAAUCAAUGCUACACAAACUUGGUGGCAUGUGAAAGUUGAAAAUAAUUUGUAUGGAGAAGAGUUUGCAAAAGAAAAUAGGAUUGUUGGUAUUUUGUGGGCUAAUAAGAGAGAUAGUAAACUUUGGUGGGCUCCUUCUGAAUGUAGAGGGUGUAGGGUUAGUAUCCAAGUUAUGCCUUUGUUGCCUAUUACUGAGUCUUUGUUUAAUGAUGGUGUUUAUGCUAAGGAGCUAGUGGAAUGGACACUCCCUUCUUUGAAGAAUGACACAAAUGAUGAUAGAUGGAAAGGGUUUAUCUAUUCUUUGCAAGGAAUUUAUGAUAAAGAAAAUGCAUUGAAGAAGAUUAGAAUGUUGGAAGGUUUUGCUAAUGGAAACUCAUUCAGUAAUCUCUUAUGGUGGAUCCAUAGCAGAUGAGGAAUGUUGCACAAAAUCAAUAUGUACGGGUCAUGCGACGCUUUUUAUCAUUUUCAAAAUGAGCCUAAUAUCAAGAUCCAAGGCUAUGUGGCCGACAAUCUAUGUAAAUAAAAAAUACGAAUAAACAGACGAGUAUUUCGGUGAA